CACAUAACUGUAGUUGAAUUUAUAUCCCCAUGAAGUCCUUUCAGCUUCGUCCCUUACUGCUUAUUGUGUUUCAAGUAGUAACCUUAAAGUGCGGACAUUCUUAUUCAUCACAACUCAAUAAUACUACUAACAGAAUGAGGUGCUUGGAUAGGGAGAGACAAGCUCUUCUCAACUUCAAAGACGAGCUUGUCGACACAUAUGGCCGACUCUCUUCUUGGGGCAACGAUGAACAUAAAAGAGAGUGCUGUGAAUGGAUUGGAGUUUACUGUCAUAAUCAUACCAAUCAUGUCACACAAUUGGAUCUUCGUUUUAAAUUCUUGAGAGGUAAGAUCAGUACUUCAUUACUUGAACUGCAACAAUUGGAACACAUAGACCUUAGUUUCAAUGACUUUGAGUAUGCCCCCAUUCCCGACUUCAUUGCUUCACUCACCCAAUUACAGAAUCUCAAUCUUCGUUCAGCUAAUUUCAGUGGACCAAUCCCACAUCAGAUAGGGAACCUAUCAAAAUUGCUCUACCUUGAUAUUUCUGCGAAUGAUUGCAACAGUGAAAACCUUGAUUGGCUUUUUAGUCUUGAUUCACUUGAAUACCUUGAUCUCAGUUAUACAGAUCUCUCAAAGGCUACCAAUUGGUUACAAGCAGUAAGCAAAUUGAAGUCCAUACAAGAGUUGAGCCUGAGCAAUGGAGCUCUCCCAGAAAUAUCUCUUUCUUUCCUACCCAAAAUCAAUGGAUCCUCGCCUCUUACGUUUCUUGAUCUCUCAUUCAACUCCCAUCUAUCCAACUCCCAUCUAUCCAACUUUUGGACAUUAGUCAGUUGGUUCUCAAACUUCAGCAGUACUGGUCUUUCUUACAUAAUACUCAAUGAUAACAACAUAGCUGGUCCCAUUCCUGAUGUUUUUGAGGACAUGAUGUCACUUACAGUUCUCAGCCUUUAUAGAAAUGGUCUCCAGGGUGGGAUCCCCAAGUAUUUUACUAAUCUGAGCAGUUUAGUGACCUUGUCUCUGUCUGAAAACAAUUUGAGUGGUGAUAUUAAUGAAGUAAUGAUGAAUCUGUCAGGUGGGCUAUUAGAGAAAAGACUAUUGUCUCUUGAUAUGAGUUGGAAUAAUUUCAGAGGAUUGUUGCCUAAUAUGUCAAGAUUUUAUUCCUUAACCAACUUAGGUCUUGAGAGUAACCAAUUGAGUGGAUCCAUCCGAGAAGGCUACCUACAACUUCCAUCUCUUGCUUUUCUUGAUCUGUCUUCAAAUGGAUUUACUGGCGCAAUACCAGAUCUAUCAUUCUCUCCAUUAUUGAGAUCGUUACGCCUUUCCAACAAUACGUUUAGUGGAACUUUAACUCAUAGCAUUCCAACUCUCUCUCAAUUAGUAGAACUGGACUUAUCUUUCAACUCAUUUCUAGAAGUUGAUUUCGACCCUACCUUUGAUCCUCCUUUCCAACUACGGACUUUGAAAUUGGCGCAGUGUAAAUUAGUGAAACAUUACCCUGUUUGGCUCAAAACACAAAAAGAAUUACAAACAAUCGACUUAUCCAGUAUCGGGAUUUCAGACACCGUAUCAAGUUUUUUUGGUGGCACCAUCCCGACAUUCUUGUACCUCGAUGCAUCAAAUAACCAAAUGUAUGGUUCCUUUCCGAACUUCUCAUUCAGCUCAACAGAUUUUUUAACGUCACCAGAUGUUGCCCUUUCUGGGAUAUCUUUGGAUGUAUCAAGAAACAAGAUUUCAGGUUCCUUGGAUUUUUUGUGCUAUGUCAAAGAGUGGGCUUUGCUCGACCUUUCGGACAAUCUUUUCUCUGGUCAGAUUCCUGAUUGUUUUGCUAGCUUUCGAUCAUUAAGAUAUCUCAAUUUAGCAAACAAUCACUUGUGGGGGAAGAUUCCUAGUUCAUUUGGCUCGUUAAGUGCUCUUACUUUGUUGCAUUUACGUAACAAUAGUCUCUCGGACGGGAUCCCCUCAACUAUGAGAAAUUGCAGAGGCCUGAAGAUGAUUGAUGUGGGAGGAAAUAGACUUACUGGAAACAUACCAUCUUGGAUAGGAGAGAGCUUCCCAGAGCUAAUAGUUCUAGUCCUCCGCUCCAAUGAGUUUUACGGUGACAUCCCUUCAAACAUAUGUCGCCUAGCAAACCUCCAAAUCUUAGACAUAUCUGCCAACAAGAAUAUUUCGACGGAGCAUUCCUCGUAUAGUCGGGAAUUGUUUCUUCCAACAAAUACCCUGAUGAUGCCAGCGGGAAGUUUUGAUUCCCUUGAAAGUGCGUAUUUCAUGUGGAAAGGAAAUGAGGUGAAGUACACCAGCCGUGUUGGCCUUGUGAAGCUAAUCGAUUUUUCAGACAACAGUUUAGUAGGUGAAAUCCCUAUGAACAUCACAAAACUAGCUGGUUUGGUGGCAUUGAAUAUCUCCAACAACAAUUUGGUCGGACCCAUUCCUCAACAUAUUGGUGAGCUCAAGUCUAUGAAUUUUCUUGACUUGUCAAGAAACCACCUCUCAGGUGGGAUUCCGGCUAGUCUUUGCAACUUGAACGGGCUUGGAGUGUUGAACUUGUCAUACAACAACUUGUCUGGAAGAAUUCCACGGGACAAUCAAUGUCUUACUUUUGAAGGAGCGGCUUAUAUAGGUAAUGUUGGUUUGUGUGGGCCGCCGCUCAAUGAAUCUUGCCCUGGAGAUCACCCAAAUCCAAGAGUUGAAGGAGCGGAGUCUGACGAUGAUGAUAAGUUUAUAACGCCUGGAUUUUAUAUUGCUCUGGCACUUGGUUUUAUUAUUGGAUUUUGGGGAAUAUACGGAACAAUACUGCUCAACAAGACAUUCAGAUAUGCAGUUUUCAGCAAGCUCACCAAAGCUUGGAUAUAUUUUCAAAACUAAUUAACUUAACCACUUGUCUAAUUAUGUUAAACUC